AUGGUAAAUAUCUAUAGAAUUAUUCUUCUUUUGCAGGCUCUUCUGCAAGCCCACGACGUUGUAGCGCACGAAGUCUAUGGAGAAGACGCCGUACGAGUUACCCCUCCCCCACUCCUACCCUACCUCAAUGGUGGGGAGGAACUGGACGGCCCCAAUGGCGACCUGGAAAUGGAGAACGUUACCAGGGUGAGAUUGGUGCAGUUCCAGAAGAAUACCGACGAACCUAUGGGUAUAACGCUGAAGAUGGACGAAGAUGCAAAAUGUAUAGUGGCGAGGAUCAUGCAUGGUGGCAUGAUACAUCGCCAGGCUACCCUGCAUGUUGGUGAUGAAAUUCGAGAAAUCAACGGCAUACCUGUAGCCAAUCAGUCUGUCAAUGCAUUGCAACGGAUCCUUAGAGAAGCCCGCGGCUCUGUCACGUUCAAAAUAGUUCCCUCAUACCGAAGUGCCCCACCACCUUGCGAGAUAUUCGUUAGAGCUCAGUUUUGCUAUGAUCCUCUCGAAGACGAUCUCAUACCUUGCGCACAAGCUGGCAUCGCUUUCAAUAUUGGCGACAUCCUUCAGAUUAUCAGUAAGGACGAUCACCAUUGGUGGCAAGCCAGGAAAGACCAGGCUGGAUCAGCAGGGCUCAUACCCUCCCCUGAGCUGCAGGAAUGGAGAGCAGCCUGUGCAGCCAUGGAGAAAUCCAAGCAGGAACAAGUCAAUUGCUCAAUUUUUGGAAGAAAGAAGAAGCAGUACAAGGACAAGUAUCUGGCUAAACACAACGCAGUUUUCGACCAAUUAGAUUUAGUUACCUACGAAGAAGUUGUUAAAUUACCUAUGACUGAUCCCGCUUUCCAAAGAAAAACACUAGUGUUACUCGGUGCUCACGGCGUUGGAAGGAGACACAUAAAAAAUACGCUCAUAGCUAAACAUCCGGAUCAAUAUGCCUAUCCUAUUCCACAUACAACGAGGCAGCCUAGAGCUGACGAGGAAAAUGGACGUAACUAUUUUUUCGUCACUCAUGACGAAAUGAUGACUGACAUUUCGGCCAAUGAGUACCUCGAAUACGGUACUCAUGAGGACGCCAUGUACGGCACCAAGCUGGAUACGAUAAGAAAGAUCCACCAGGAGGGCAAGAUGGCCAUCUUGGACGUGGAGCCGCAGGCCCUGAAGGUGCUCAGAACAGCUGAGUUCGCCCCUUACGUCGUUUUUAUCGCGGCGCCGGUGCUGCAAAAUAUCGCAGACUUUGACGGCAGCCUGGAACGCCUAGCCAAGGAAUCGGAAAUGCUGCGCCACGCCUACGGCCACUACUUCGACCUCACCAUCGUCAACAACGACAUCGACGAGACGAUCGCCGCGCUGGAGACGGCCAUCGGCCGCGUCCAGACCACGCCCCAGUGGAUCCCCGUGUCCUGGGUCUACUGACAGCAGGAGAACCAGGACUAUUACGGGUCUCUGCAGUAUUUUUAACGUUGGCAGUACCGGGGGUGGUAGUGGACAGCCGGGGGCGCCCCUGGUUGUCGAAUACGACGAGGAUGAUCUGGUGUGAGGGUUGAACAUGUAACAAACUCGAAUUUUUGGCGAAAAAGGGACGAUUUUUAACGUUUUUGUUGUUAAGUCUUUGUUGAGUGUUUUAUUUUAAUAUAUUUAGUAGGUGUCUCAGUGCCCCGAUUUCAUUGGAUUGGAUUUUUUAAAGUAGAAACAUAAUACAGACCUGGCUAUUAUAAAAUUGUGGUCUGGAUUUUAACGUGAUGAUAAAGACAGUGAUAAAGUAUAAAUACAAACGUGUUAAAAAGAGAAAAAAUGGACUGCUUCAUUUGUUCUUUGUGGGGGUCAGUUGUGUUCCAUUUAAAAAAUAUAUAUAUAACUAUCCUAGAUCAUACAGACUUACGUGGAUAAGUAAAUCACUAUGGAAACUGUCGCAAACAUAUUAACGACUUCCAUUUAUCUUCUUUUUUUGUUGCAUACGCGGUGCUUCUACUCUAUCUAUCCUUGUCGAGGACCUAUCGUCCGCGCGCCAUAUUUAAACAUUAAUUUUAAAAAUUUAAUUUGUAAAAUGCUUAUAUUUGAACAAUAAAUUGAAUGUUCACUGUCUCAAAAAUUAAAUUAUAUAAAAAAUAAAUUUAUCCACUCCGUACGAAUAUCAAUAUUCUUAGGAAAUCUUACAAGAAAGUAUGCAUGUGGCUUAAUAUAAAUAAAAGAGCAACUGAAUACUUUACUUAUUGCCUAUGAAAAGAUAAUUCGGGAACCUUAUUAGAACUUUCACACACUAAACACUUUCUAGCCAUUUUUACGAGUAUUUAGAAAGUCCAACGAAAAAAA